AUGAGAUACUCUACCGUAGUCAUCGCCGCGGCCGCCGCCACUGCCCUGGCCAAACCCCACGGACACGCGCACCACCACGCUGCCGUUGCUAAGCGCGCGGACGCUGCAGUCUACGUACCUGGUCCGGUCGAGACGGUCGUCAUCUAUGAGCUCAACGGUCAUUCAAUUAGCGAGGAGGAUGUGCGCAACGGUAUCGCGAACGGAACGCUCACCUGGGGUGAGGACGGCAGCCUUUCAUCAUCUGCCGCUGUCGCACCGACUCCACCCCCACCAGCGAAGACCCAAGCCGUCGAGAUCAACCACGUUGCCCAGGAACCUCAGCCUGUUGAGCAGUCGGAACCGGAGCCUCCUGCCUCGAUCUCAGAGCCUAUGGAACAGCCGUCGGAGAAUGUUCAGGCGCCCGACCCAAUGUCAUAUCAUCCAGUGGGCGAUGAUGGCAGCUGCCCCGACUGCGACAAGGACUUCCCCAAUCGAAAGUUCAACUGUAGCGAGUUCCCUGCUGGCUAUGGCGCGUUCCACCUUGGCAACGAGGGCCUUGGAGGCUGGUCGGGUAUCCAGGCUCCUGCGAAGCGCGAUGUAGCCGGCUAUCACGAUAUUAUGACCGUCCCUACAGGUUCCUGCCCUGGCGGCGAAUGCUGCUCGAAGGGUCGAUUCUGCUCUUACGCUUGCCCGAAUCCCUACCUCAAGAUGUCGUUCCCCAAGUUGCAGGGUGCACGGAAAGAGUCGGUUGGUGGGCUUUUCUGCAACCAAGAUGGCAAGCUAGAGAUGGCCGAUGGCUCUCUCUCCAAGACUCUCUGUGGCAAGGGUUCUUCUCGCGUGAAGGUUAUGGUUCAGAGCAAGCUCUCCAAGCCAGUUUCCCUCUGCCGCACCGACUACCCAGGAACUGAGAGUGAGACUCUUCCUCUCACCAUCAAUUCUGGAGAGACCAAGGAGCUCGCCAACCCGGAUCAGAAGUCAUACUAUUUUUGGGACAACAAGCCUACAUCUGCCCAAUAUUAUGUCAACAACCAGGGCGUCUCCGAGGCCCAAGCAUGCACAUGGGGCAGCGGCCAAGGUGAUACGGGCAACCGAGCUCCUGUCAAUAUCGGAACCUCAUUCGACGACAUCCUCUCUAACAUGGGAUACACUGGACUCUUGCAAAACAAGCCUACCAAUCCCGACGCGAAGCUCAACUUUGUUAUUCGAUUCAUGGGCGACGGUGUCAGCAACCCAUGUUCGUACAAGGACGGGCAAUAUUAUAAUGCUGACGGCGUUGGUAAUCCCGACGGUUGCACGGCAAGCAUUGCAGAUGGCAAGACUCUCACGAUCGUGUUCACCGACAACUAG